UGUUGAUGUACAUCCGUAUUAAAUGUUAAACAACAACAACGUUAUAUACUGUAUUUAUAUUAAUUUAGAGGAGUAAAAGUAGCCUAUGAUAUAUGCUUAAUCAUGUAGUGAAUCUUUCCAAAGCAAAACAACUCCGUACAUGAAAACAAAACAACCUCUGUACAUUAACAUAUGCACUGCCAUAAUCAUUUUCUUGACCAAAAAACUACAAAUAAAACAAGAUUUUCUCCCGAUAUUGAGCGGAACUGAUGUUAGAGAUUCAGAAUCAUACGGAGCGAUUUAUCAGCCGGACCAGGGGAGACGAGCGACAUUUCAUCACAAAUGUUUGAAUGAAUUUAAAUAAACUGCUAAUGAAAUCUCGAGAUAAACAGCAGGGUGAAGUUAAACAUCAUGAGUGUGGACAUUGUGGUAAAAAUGCAACAAAAAUGAAGUUUUAUUGUGUCUUUACGCCCCCAACUGCGUUUAGCGAAUGUGUGCGAGCGUACCGAUGUAAAUCAGUAACAUUAAUGAUUAUGCUGCUUGUUUGUGUCUGACACGUGCACACCUGUGAUGCGUGUGGAUUUUGCAGCAAAAACGCGACAUCGUUUCAUACAAAGUGAUGAUGCGUUGAAACGUUAGUUGACAGUCAUACGAGUGAUCGAAAAACAGGCAUUGAACACAACGCAAGCAUCAGAUCAACACGUGCAGUCACGCUAUUAUUUUGUACUGUUAAACUAUAGCAAGUAAUAACUAUAAAACUAUACAUAGAGUCUACAUAUAUGCAAAUAAACAUCAUAAUACGUCAAUAUUAAAUGAGAAUGUCUGCGUUGUGCACAAAGCAUCUUUUCCAGAACUUCAGGUGUGCGGUGCACAGGCUUUCUGUGUCCGUUCGGCUGCCGGUCAGCAGAAGGUUUCUCAGCAAAAGCGUUCAGCUCUCCAAAGUCUCCAAAGUGGGGCUGUUGUGUUGGAGCGCGGGCGGCAUGUCGUACUGCACCGGCCCACGGGCGCUGUGUCAGCAGUGCGGAACCCCGGAGAGAAAAUCUGUGGCCCGGCUUCAGGUCCACAGCUUGGUUUUCAUCUUGCGCCUGGGCCUGCGUGCUUUGGUGGUGCUUCUGAAGUUCGGCCCCCUUCUGCUUCUGUAUCCUCUGACUUUAUUGUCUCGCCGCUGGGCGUCGCAUUGGUUGGACGCCCUGCUUUGGGUCACGGAGACCUCCGGACCCACGUUUAUGAAGCUGGGUCAGUGGGCCAGCACCAGACGGGACAUCUUCUCGCAGGACUUCUGCGAUCGUUUCUCCAGGCUCCACGUGCGAGUCAAGCCUCACGCGUGGGCGCACACCAAAGAGUGUCUGCGGAGAGCGUUUGGAGAAGGUUGGAGGCAGAUGUUUGUUUUCGACAGUAAGGAGCCCGUCGGCUCGGGCUGCGUGGCACAGGUGUACCGCGCCAAGGCCAGGGUGGGGAACGUGGACGAUCCGGCAUUCCGACAGCUGCUGGAGGAUCUGGAAAAGAACAAUGUCAUGGAGGCCUGGGAGAUUCCUGGUCUUGGAGGAGCGUUGAGCGGUCUUUGGGAGACAUGCAGGGAUGAAGAAGAAGAAAGUGUGGACUUUACAGAGAGAGCAACCGUCCAGAGAGAAGAGGAGCGUCUGAUACCUGUGGCUAUAAAGGUUCUUCAUCCUGGAAUCAGAAGGCAGGUGCAGAUCGAUCUGACGUUAAUGAAAGCUGGAAGUUUAUUCCUCCACUGUUUGCCCGGCAUCAAGUGGCUCAGUCUGCCUGAGAUCGUUCAGGAGUUCGAGAAGCUCAUGACCAAACAGAUCGAUCUCCGCUUCGAGGCCCAAAACAUGGAAAGGUUCCAGAAGAACUUCCGAGAUCUGGACUACGUGAAAUUUCCCACACCGCUCCGGCCGUUCGUCACGAGGAGCGUCUUGGUAGAAACGUACGAGGAAAGCGAACCCAUCUCGAAGUACCUGAGCCCCGAGGUGCCGGCGGCUGUGAAGCGGAGAAUUGCUAGGAUGGGUGUAGGGCUGCUUCUGAAAAUGGUGUUUGUAGAUAACUUUGUCCACGGUGACCUCCAUCCCGGGAACAUUCUGGUCCAGAUGGGCGGAGGAGAGGAGCCGCAGGACAGGGUCACCCUCACUGAUCUGUGGGACACGGUGGUCGUCAGCGUGAGGUCGAGUGGUCCGCUGCUGCAGCUGGUGCUGUUAGACGCUGGUAUCGUGGCUCAGCUCAGCGAGGAGGAUCAGCGUAACUUCAGAGCCGUGUUCACUGCUGUCGUUCUCAAACGGGGCGAGCGGGUGGCAGAGCUCAUUCUUCAUCACGCGCGGGCCAGCGAGUGUCAGGAUGUGACGCGCUUCAAGAAAGAAAUGGCUGAACUAGUGGACGGCGCUCUCAGCGACACUCUCUCUCUGGGGAAGAUUCAGGUAGCUGAGCUGCUGUCUAAAGUCUUUGGUUUACUGAUCCGUCACAAGGUGAAGUUGGAGAGUAAUUUCGCAUCAAUGGUGUUUGCCAUCAUGGUUCUGGAAGGUUUGGGAAGGUCACUGGAUCCUCACCUGGACAUUCUGGAGAUGGCCAAAGCCAUUCUGCUGAAGAACCGCACGUCUCUCCUCUGAUACGAAAUGUUUUCUUCAUUAUUCCACACAAAACGUGACAGCAUCAUGAGAUAGGAUUGUACACACGGGGACAGAUUUUUCUCAGUGUGAACUAAAGGAAAAUGUAU